AGGCUACCACCAUUCUUAUUUCUGAUGCCCGUUGAUCAUUGCAUUGACGUACAUUAACGCGCAGGUGUAAUGGAUAAGUGUUGUCGGUAUAUUUUGAUGUCUGGAUUUGCUCUUUUAAGUUACAUAUGUUCUGCCAGAGAGCAGUAUGGAACAAUAUCAGUGGUAGGGCCUGCGUUUGUGAACAGGGAAGUAACACUGAAAGCAACACCGUUCAGUCCUUGGGGGUGUGACGUAGUAUGGAGAUACUUAAUGGAAAAUGGCACACUAUUACAAACAAUAAAUGGGUCACAUGUUAUAACAUAUUCGGAGGAUGGGUCAUUCUUUCUGAAAUGGUGGGCUUCAAUUGAAUACAACAGAUCCGACUUCUACGCCGGAUGUUCAACAAACACAACGAUAAGAACACGCUUAAUAUCUUUAAAUCUGAAAGAUAUUGUUGGAAAUUGUGGAGCUCUUUUCUUACUAAGCCCGGUUGUUCGGCGCGCGGACGUCAAACUUGGAUAUUUUCCGUCUGACUAUUUUAUACGGCUUCAAACAAAAACCAGACGAACAUGGAAGAAAAACAUCCAUGACAUACAGCUACAAGAAGGUUUUUGCGAAGAGGAAAUGGUUUCUGAAUAUUUGUACAUAUUGACAUUAUUUAACUUCGAAGAAAGAGAUGAAGGAACAUAUACUUUAAGUUGCAGUCAAGGUGGCAACACGGAAUCUAUGCAGCUUCAUAUUCAAGAGCCACCAAGUUAUCCAGUUAUCGGUCCAAAAUCGGCUGACUUUAAUACAACAGGAUGCAUAUAUGUUGAUCAGGGCUCCGACUUGUAUUGCAAAACUGAAAAUGGAACAGAACCUGUACAAGUAGAACUUUUAUUUGGCCAUGAUUUAUUUAUUUUUGCUGAAAGCAAAUGGAACAAAGGAGUGUACCGUUUCCAAAACGUUUCUCAACAAAUGGAUGGACUGUCGAGACGGAAUGUGACAUGCCUAGUUUCAAAUGCAGCCACUGUAACGCCAUACGAAGUACACGGCAUUCUAUGUAACGUAGAGAAUGGAAGCCAGCCCAUACUUACUGUUCCUGAAUUUCUUUUUGGAGAAAGCUCUUCACCAAUAUGUGAAGUGCGCAAUGCUGUCCCUGCUCCGGCAAUAGAACUACGCAUUGGCGAAAUUUUGCUAGCAAAUGUUCAACAAAUCGAUUUAUUUAAUGGAUCUUCUCAUACGUUUACUAGCACAGCAACGACGACAAAGACUAACAAACUGUGGAAUGGAAAAGAUAUGUGCUGCACCAGGAAAAGCAAAUACGAUUUUGGUAUUAAAAAUGUUGCAGUAUGCAAAACGAUUAAUAUGAAAUUUCCCCCUACUGGCAUUUCGAUGUCCGUAAACAAAACACAUGACUACAACAACAAUAUUUCUGCAUGUUUCCUACAUGUGUCUUGUCAAACAAAUGAAUCAAAUCCACCUUGCACGAUUGAAUGGUCAAGCGACAACAAUAAUUUGAGAUACAUUCAGAGAAACAACUGGUCGAAUGGUGACAGUGAGGGUUACCGUUCAUUUUCAAACGUACUUUACAAAAUGACAAAAAACAUGGCUGGGGGAACAAUAACAUGUUCAACAAGAUGCGAUCAUUUCCCAUCUCAUUUCAAUAUAAAUGACUCAUUGUCUUUUAAAGGUGACCCGACAUUGCAUUUGAACACGACAUCACCUAUUAACUUAUAUCCGAAUACUACAGUGACAGUCAAAUGUUUUGUUGAUGAUUGCAAUGUAAAAGGGCAAUGGACGUUUCGAUGGGAAACUGAAAAUAAGACUGAAAUAAAGACUUGUAAAAAAACAGAGGAAUGCCUUUUGACACUGAAUUAUACGGGAGAUGAAGUGAUGACAUACAUUUGCAGCGCAUGGAAAUUAGAAGAGCUUCUGAGAAACUCCUUGACAGUUUUAAACUCAUUGACAGAAGGUUGUCCGACUCUGUAUUUGAACGCGACAUCACCUGUUGAUUUACAUCCAAAAAUGAAAUUGAUCGUCAAAUGUUUUGUUGAUGACUGCCAUGUAACAGGGCAAUGGACGUUUCGAUGGGAAGAUGAAAAUAAGACUGAAAUAACGUCUUGUAAACAAACAAAGGAAUGCCUGUUUACACUGAAUUAUACGGGAGAUGAAGAGAUGAUAUACAUUUGUAUCGCAUGGAAAUCAGACGAGCUUCUGAGCCUUUCAUUGACAGUUUUAAACACAAUAACAGAAGAUGUAACAACCAACCCUGCACAAGAUGUUACCCAACAAUGGUAUACGCCGGUCAUUUACGCCGUGUCGGGAACAAUUGUAGGUUUAACACUAGCAACGCUUACCGGACUUCUAUGUUGGCGAUGCAAACAUCAUGUUUAUGAAACGCUUCUACGUCGAAGAAGAACUGCAGGCAAAGAGCGAAGUGCACAUGUGUACGAUGAUGUUCAGUCUAAUGUAGAGACAACUGCGCUUCACAAUCUAAGAGGAGUGUCUGCACGAGCCAUCGAGAACAAAGACGCACCACCACAAUUGGAUAUGGAAGGUGACCAAGCCCGUUCAAACGAGACUGUCAGUCACUACGACUAUGUGGAUACCCCAUCCGCUGACAGAGACCGUCGAACAGACGCACCAAAUGAAAAUUAUAUCCAUGCUAUAUAACCGAUUAAGCAACUUAUCAAAAUAAUAUUUAUGGAUACGGAUUUGUGUGAUUUGAAAAUAAUAUAACCUUUAUAAUUUCGCUGAUCGUUUCAAAGCCGUAAUUUGAUAAUUUAUUGUUAGUAAAUGUAUUGAUAUUGUUUUACGUUGGUAUUCUGUUAUGCACUUUUUGCUUGUUAUACAUUUAACACGUGUGCAUUUAUUUUUAGAUAGCAAUAAAAGGUGCAAAUUAUUUAUAAAUCAUUCUCAAUUUCUGAUUUGCUGCGUAUUAUUCAAACUAUCUCCUUUAUCUAUCAUCCCAAUCAUAUGUUAACGUCAAUUGUAUUUAUAGUAUUUACCGAAUCGCGUUUUAGCUUUUUACUCCAGGCGCUCAAAUUUGA